AUGUCUGCGCACAGCCUGGUCGUCGGCGAACUCGACUGCGAGCGGCCCGGCGACAAUGUGACUGAGGAGAACAAAGGUGCAGAGCCCCAAAAGGAUGCUAAGGAGGAAGAUACGGACUCUGGCGAUCUAGCCACGAGUUCUUUCAUGUCGUUCGAGGAAUGGAAGGAAAUGCAGUUGCGCAAAGCAGGCCAGGACCCUGCGGAAUUGAAGGCUCGGAAACAGCAAGAGGGGAGGGGAGACGGGUAUAUCAACUCGGGCCAUGGCGACCUCGACAGCUUAGGAGAUGAUGCAGAGAUUGCGCUAGAUUUCGAUGUGCUCUCAGACAAGAUCUCGGAAAUAUCAGCGUCAACGAGGCCCAGUCCUUCGUCGGUCAUAAGAAAGGACAUCGCCGAGGAGCCUAUAUUAUAUGACGACGGCAUGGCGCAGUACCCGCGCCCCAAGGACGCAGGCAAGACUUGCAAGGAGAGAUUCUCAUUCUCCUCGUUCGACGGAGGCGCCACAGUUCUCAAGACGAGCCCUGGAGCUAAGAACUCCAAGGCUAUCCUGCUCGAGAACAAGGACUCGUACAUGCUGUUCACUUGCUCACAGCAGAACAAGUUUGUCAUUGUCGAGUUGAGCGAGGACAUCCUUGUUGACACAGUCGUGCUAGCAAACUUCGAGUUUUUCUCGAGCAUGGUACGGCUAUUUCGUGUUAGCGUUAGUGACCGCUACCCUGUCAAGAUCGACAAGUGGAAGGAUAUUGGUACCUUUGAAGCGAGGAAUUCGAGGGAUCUCCAACCUUUUCUGGUGGAGAAUCCCAAGAUCUGGGCAAAGUACAUUCGCAUUGAAUUCCUCACACACUACGGAAACGAGUAUUACUGCCCGAUUUCUCUCCUCAGGGUCCACGGCACCAGAAUGCUAGAUUCUUGGAAAGAUGCUGAAGGCUCAAGAGAGGAGGAUGAAGCGGAGGAGACAAUCUCCGGGCCUGAGCUAGUACCGGAGCAGGAGCCGUUGUCAAAUAACAAGACAGCAGAGCCUAAAGUAGCCCCUCCAGCUACCACGGACAUGAACAGCAAUGCCUCGGAAGCCAUUCUAGAAAUGGGCUUAUCACCUUGGUAUCCCACCUUCUAUCCCGGCCCGCUAUUCGAGACUUGCGCUACAGGAACGCCGACAACUACAGAAACUGUCCGUGUAUCUCCUCCAGUUGAGGAAAUGACCAACAUGGAAAGCUUCUUUAAGACGGUCAGCAAACGCCUGCAGCUGCUCGAGUCGAACACCACGCUCUCGCUCCAGUACAUCGAGGACCAGUCCAAGUUCCUGCAGGAGGCGCUACAAAAGAUGGAGCGCAAGCAGAUCUCUCGCGUCGACUCGUUCCUCGACAACCUCAACAAGACGGUCCUGAGCGAGCUCCACAAUGUGAGGCAGCAGUACGACCAGAUCUGGCAGUCGACCGUCAUCGCGCUCGAGACGCAGCGGGAGCAGUCCCAGCGAGAGGUCGUCGCACUGACCUCCCGCCUCAACCUCCUGGCCGACGAGGUCGUCUUCCAGAAGCGCAUGGCCAUCCUGCAGUCCGUGCUGCUCCUGGCCUGCCUCUUGCUGGUCAUCUUCUCCAGAGGCCUGGUCGGCAACACCAUCGACCUCGCCUUUCCACAGAUGCUGGGAAACACCAACCUCAUGACACCCACGCCGCCCUCUGCGCCCGUCGAGGGAUUCUCUAGCCCGGAAUCUCCCACCCCACUGCGCAAUAGAGUCGCCCACAGUACUAUGGACAUGAUGGAACUCCGCCUGCAAUCCAUAUAG